AUUCCACGUUCUCACUUGCCGGGUAGCGGGUCCCCGGAUGAUCUAGUCAACGUGGAGAAACUUGAAGUGCUCGACUAUAGGAUCGAAUCGUCGUCAUGCGACGCGCCAUAAUUUUCGGUGUGGUGGCCGUUCUUGUUGCGAUAGCUAUCAUCGUUCCCGUAGCUCUGUACUUCAAUAAAACACAGGAUCUGUCGUGCUAUCCGGAAUUCGACGGGUCUGAGUCGUGUUACGCCACGAGCAAAGCGUCUGCUUACCGUUGGUAUGGCCCAAAAACCGACUACACUAUCUGUACUGGACUCAGCGGGAGCGAUGCGAAGCAGGUCAAAUACCCGGGCUGCACCCCCAUCAUGUUGUACCUAUUCAAUCGACACAGCGCGCGCUAUCCAGACCCUGACGACGUAGAGAAGAUGCAGGGCAUUCUAUACCGUGUACGCGAUCUGACCAUGGAGGCUGCUGCGAAAGGCAAAGUGAAACUGUGUCAGCAAGAUAUCGAGGAGCUGAGAAAAUGGAAGCCCACCUAUAGCACCGUGGAGGCGGCUGAGGCCAUGAAACAAGGCGAGACCGACGUCCAUCAAAUCGCUGACAGAUUCAAGAAGAUGUUCCCGACGCUCCUGCCGUCGAAGUAUGCUCAGGAACAGUUCAAAUUCGGAAUCUCAAAUAGAAUACGGACGAACCAAUCAUUGUACGCCUUCAUCGAACGGAUUUUCGAUCCGUCUGAGAUGGACAGCGUCGUCUACCCUAAGAAGGACGUCAGGCUCAUUUCAUUCCAUAAAACAUGUGAACGCAAAGUCUGGCCUAAUCGCACGAAGCCUAGUCGUGAGAUGUUCACGGAGCCGGAAGCGUUCCGUAAAAGCCCAAUCGCGGAUCGUUUCGCGCAGAACGUCAAGAGUCGUCUCGGCUUGGAAAACACAAACCUGACCUAUUCCGACCUGCGUCAAAUCGCUGUGGAAUGCGCGGUCGCAUUUACAGCGGACCGAGAGUCACCCUGGUGUGCCGUGUUCUCGAAAGAAGAUAUGAUGGUCCAAGAAUACGACGAUGACAUCUACGAUUUCUACAAGGAUUCAUACGGCAGGCCGCUCAACCCGAAGAUGGGGUGCCCGAUUGUGAACGAAGCCACUGGACUCUUCACGACCGCCAUGAACGAGCCUGAAAAAUCCCACAUCAAAUCCGUUAUUUACGUGGCACAUUCAAGAGAUUAUAAGAAGCUGCUGGGCUCGUUCGACUUGUUCAGGGACGAACAGCCUCUGACUUCAGGUUCACUCUUUGUCAUUAAAGGUGACUACUGCACGGACCGUGUACAGAACAGACAGUGGCGUGAUGCUAAGAUGUCACCCUACAGCGCGAACAUAGGAUUCGUUCUAUUCAAAUGUGAAGGCACAUUCAAAGUCCUCACCUUGAUCAACGAGAGACCAGUGAAGCUGCCGAAAUGCUCAUAUCCAAAAGACGACUUUCUCUGUGAUGCGAGGGAGUUCAUCUCGAAAAACCGCUUCUCGAAUUGUAAUAUCGAUAAGAUUUGCGUGCCGAAAGCCAGGACGGAACAAUGGCCAGACUCGCACUGGGAGGAUAAAUGAAAAUCUCCGUGUA